AUGUCUGCAGCAGCCCACCCGGACAUUCGUCCAAUGGUGAUUGCUUGCGGAGUGUCCAUGGUUUCUAUCGGUGGUAUCCUUGGCCCAAUAAUUGGAGGCGCAUUGACAGAACAUGCGGGCUGGCGCUGGUUGCUUCAUGUGCCGGAACAUGAUGCCAAACCGCCAGUGACAUCCAUACUCUCCAAGCUUCCACAAAAGCUCGAUCUCAUGGCCUUUGCGCUAUUUGCUCCGUCUUGCAUCAUGUUCCUGAUUGCUAUUAGUUGGGGCGGGACUAUCUAUCCAUGGGGCUCAGCUAAAGUAAUUGGGCUUCUCUGUGGCGGACUUGCCGUAUUUACUCUAUUUCCUGUAUGGUGUGCCUACCGUGGCGAGGAAGCUCUCAUACCCUUUAGCCUAGUUCGGCGUAAUACCGUCCUCGUUGCCUCUUUAGUCUCCGGUCUCCUUGGAGGCGCCUCUAUGAUGGUGGGCUACUAUCUUCCGUUAUGGUUCCAGGCCAUCAAAGGAGCAUCUCCAGGGUCUAGCGGUGUGAUGAUGCUCCCAAUGAUGCUUAGUCAAAUCGUUGGCUCACUUCUUUCUGCGGUUCUUCUUCGGAAGUUGCAUUAUAUGCCUCCAUGGGCGAUUUUUGGUUGCUUAUUGGGCUCCAUCGGUGCGGGACUCAUGCUUACUUUCGACGUAAAUACUGGUUCGGCCCAGUGGAUUGGAUACCAGGUUAUUGCGGGAUUCGGACGCGGAAUAGCUUUGAAUAUGCCUUUUAUCGCAGUUCAGGAGGAGCUAUCUGGAGCGGCGAUGGCAAUUGCGUCCUCUAUGAUCACCCUCACCCAAUAUCUAGCCGCAUCUCUCUGCAUAUCAGCAGCCCAGGCAGUCUUCGUGAACGAGCUAAUACCAGCUGUGGAAAGGCACGCCCCAAAUAUAGAUCCCCGAUCGAUCAUCCGGGCAGGGGCAACUGGGUUUGUGAAAAUGGUGCGACCUGAGCAACUCUUGGCUGUCCGAACUGCCUACAAUGAUGCCUUGGUGAAGAUUUUUUUUAUUCCAACUGCCACUGCCGCCGGAGCAUCAUUCCUGAGCUUGGGAUUUUCAUGGAAGGAUGUUGGAGCUGAAAGCAAGAAGAAAUCAGACACUGAUAAAGCUUAA